AUGGGUUAGGAUUGCUGUACGAAUCGUUUGAAAACAUAGUUUUUUACAGGUUAACGCAACCAAACAGAUACAACAAGCGCAUUCGCUUAGACUACUUUUAAUCCCUUUAAGAACAGUCUCUGCAUUUCUUUCCUAUACUUACUUACAGGGAAGCAAGUAGUCAUUCAAAAUAAUUUGAAAAUGAUUCUUCAAUUAGCAGAAUAGUGUAGUAAGAAUCACAUUUGUUGCUACUUUGAUCCAGAUUAUUUACAAAAAUAACACAGCCUCAUAGAGUAUUAGAGCCCAGGUUCUUCAUUUAAUCGCAAUAGCUUGGCAGAAGCUUUUUGGACAGACUUAGAAUACUUCUAUGAAGAAGACAUAUGGAAUGAAAUUUUUUAAUUUAAAGUAAUAUUACUUAUUGAAACGCAAGGUAAAGGGAAGCAUGCCCUUACGAUAACUCGCUGCAUGGACCCAUCUAGAGGAAAUUAUUUUAUUGUAUACGAUUUUUUAAAUCGUAACAGAUAAUAUCGUGAAAAAGUCUUUUAAGAUGAAUCAUCAUUGAAUGGCUAUCUUAAUACCAUAGGAGAGCACUUUUAUGUCUCUUAUUCACCCUAGCCGUUAUCUAUCAAGCUUUUAACAUUUUAAUUUAUUGAUGAUAAAACAGAGAGCGACAUAGAGAAUAUAAUCAUCAAUAAUAGCUAAAUGACUAAUAAGAGCACUAGUAAAAAUAAUAACAUGAACGCUAUUAAUAUUAAUUAAACAUCAUAGUAUUCUAUUUAAUAAUAAAUAUAGCCUUAACAAUAAAUUACAUGCUAAGCCUCUAUUUAAUAGCAACACCAAGAGUAAUAGAAGCAAGAAAACAUAAUUCCCUUACAUAUACAACUCCAGUAACUCCCGUAAGUUCAAGGAAAAUCAUGCAAUUUGAAUAGCUUAUAGUCUAUCCACUCUAUGCAAUCUCUUAAUUAAAAUAGAGGUUCAAUUCCUUUAAAAAUGAAUAGAAACUCGAGUUAGUGUACACCUUCAGAAAUACAAACAAAUCAACCAAGUUAAUCAAUAUGCACUUUACAAUAAUUUCCACAACACUCAUGCAAUAGCUAAGGCUAGUUUGUAAAUUAGUAAAGGAUGAUCUAGUUGUAAUAUUUAAAUUAAAAUGACCAAAAAUAUAAUUAUUCUGUUCCUUCUGAUGCAUUCCAUAAAAACAAGGUAAUUAAUUAAAGUUGCUCAAAAAAUCAUGAAUUUUACUACAAUCUUAAUUCAUAAUCUACUGGAAUUCCUCCAAGUAAAUGCAGUUGCGGGUUUUAAAUCAAUAGUAAUACUAAUUAAAUAAAUAUUAACUCAAGCUGGGAAGUAGAAAAUGGCUUAGAAGUAAAUGAAUUCAACUACUAUUAAAAUAACGCAAUUAAUGGUAAUUAAAAUGCAGAUGAUCCUGAAAUAUUAGAAAACGGCUAAUCUAGCGACUCAAACUCUAUUCAACUUAAUCAAGAAGAUAAUUAAAUUUUAGAAGAAAACGGUGACAACCCUCACAGUUUUCAUUUUUAGAAUAAUGGAAUCAUACACUUUGGAGCAGAGAAUGACCAUGAAGAUUUUCUAAGUGACGAUGCUUCUGAAAUUCAAAUUUGCAUACAAUCUGCAUAAGACUUGUAUUGA